AUGAAACGCGAAGCAGAUGAUGAUUUUCAUGAUCCCACCAAAGAGACAGAAAAACAAAGUAUAGAUUUCAGAGGAUGUUUGAAUAUUGCAACGUUGGUCCUUUUGGCAGUCACAAUCACAGUUUUGUUUUUAGGCUAUCCGGUCUUUUAUGAUUUUUAUAUUAAACGUAGAUAUGGAGAUAAAGGUGGCUUUAUGCUCGGAGGCGCAAAUUCUACAGGUCAAGUUCCCGAUUUAACAUUGAUGCAUGGUCUUCGUCAAGGCUUGAUCGAUAGGGACACACCUAAAAGCGCUUAUACCAAAGGCGGAUUUGGAGCUGACAAAACAGAAACUUGGGAAUUGAUGUUUAGUGAUGAAUUUAACACAGACGGAAGAAGUUUUUAUCCUGGUGAAGAUCCAUUUUGGGAAGCUGUCAAUUUGUACGCUCACGGUACGGGAGAUUUGGAAUGGUAUGACCCUUCCGCCGUAAUGACAAAAGGAGGUGCUUUGGUCAUUACCGCUACUAACCAUGCAGAGCAUAAUUUGAAUUUUACAAGUGGUCAAGUUACUUCUUGGAAUAAAUUUUGCUUUACAGGUGGUUAUUUGGAAGCUAGUAUUAUCCUACCUGGAGAUCCUACCGUUUCUGGUUGGUGGCCUGCUGUUUGGACGAUGGGUAAUCUGGGCAGAGCUAAUUAUGCUGCUACAACAGAAGGAACAUGGCCUUAUUCUUACAAUUCAUGCGAUCGUGGAACCCUGAUCAAUCAGACUGAUGCUGAUGGAAUGGGACCUGAAGCUGCAAUCGAAGGAGGCGAUGUGAUGUUUAAUGCUCAAUAUAAAACCAAAAAUCUAUCUUGGCAACCCGGUCAAAGGUUGAGCGCAUGUACGUGUACCGAAGAUGAUCAUCCAGGACCAGUCAAUCAUGAUGGAUCGUAUGUUGGACGUAGUGCUCCUGAAAUUGAUUUAUUCGAAGCGCAAGUUGGAGGUGGUCAAGGUUCAUUAUCGCUUUCUUGUCAGUUCAUGCCCGCUUCAGAUGAGUAUAAAUUAUUCAAUUCAUCCGGAACAGAGUAUGAGCUAGGAACAGUGAACGGUAAAAAUGUUACUUUGAAUAGUUACGAAGGAAGUGUUUUACAAAUGGCGGCUUCAGCUGUUGCAUACACAAAUCAAGAAUCUUAUCAAAAUGCAGGUGGCAAUUUUAGUGUUUGGGGUGUCGAAUAUCUACCUGGUCCAGAAGGCUAUAGUCGAUGGUACAUUGACGGAGAAAUGGCAUGGACAUUAAACGCCGCUGCUGUUGGACCUGAUCCUCUUGCUGGAAUCAGUCAACGUCCAAUUCCCGAUGAGCCAAUGUACAUUAUAAUGAAUUUAGCAAUUUCUCAAGGUUUUGGUUAUAUUGAUUGGAAGAAACUCGUCUUUCCUGCUACGAUGCAAGUUGAUUAUAUUCGAGUUUAUCAAGCAAAAGACAAACAAAAUCUUGGAUGUGAUCCGCUUGAUAGGCCAACAUUGAACUAUAUUAAUAAACACUGGGAAGCUUAUACGAAUCCGAAUUUAACCAUUUGGGGAGGAGAUCGUAGUACGGGUGGUUAUGGAGCCAAUUGGCCGCGAUGUGAUGAAGCACCAAGAAAAUAUCCUGGCCGCCUCAGACCGGAUGGAAUCACAGAAGCACCUUACCUCACCGUGCCAGAGCAAUAUCGAGGAGACGGAAAUAGUCAUUCAAAGUCAUAA